UGUGCGCGGCCACUUCCCUCUGCCGCCGCCUCGCCGCACCUCACCCAGGCGCUGGGACCUUGGAGGACACCCUCCCCUCCCGCGCCCCAGGCAGGAUGGGGGACGUGGCCAACAGUUCCAUCGAGUUCCACCCCAAACCCCAGCAGCAGCGGGAGGCCCCCCAUGCAGGGGGCUUUGGGUGCACGCUGGCUGAGCUGCGCUCCCUCAUGGAGCUCCGAGGGGCCGAGGCGCUGCAGAAAGUCCAGGAAACCUACGGGGAUGUGGGCGGGCUCUGCAGGAGGCUGAAGACCUCACCCACGGAGGGCCUGGCCGACAACACCAAUGACUUGGAGAAGCGCAGGCAGAUCUACGGGCAGAACUUCAUCCCUCCCAAGCAGCCCAAGACCUUCCUACAGCUGGUAUGGGAGGCCCUGCAGGAUGUGACCCUCAUCAUCCUGGAGGUGGCCGCCAUCGUAUCCCUGGGCCUCUCAUUCUAUGCGCCACCCGGAGAGGAGAGCGAAGCGUGCGGGAAUGUGUCGGCUGGGGCUGAAGAUGAAGGGGAGGCCGAGGCGGGCUGGAUUGAGGGGGCCGCCAUCCUGCUGUCUGUCAUCUGCGUGGUCUUGGUCACGGCCUUCAACGACUGGAGCAAGGAGAAGCAGUUCCGGGGCCUGCAGAGCCGCAUCGAACAGGAGCAGAAGUUCACCGUCAUCCGGAACGGGCAGCUCCUCCAGGUCCCUGUGGCUGCGCUGGUGGUAGGGGACAUCGCCCAGGUCAAGUAUGGAGACCUGCUGCCCGCCGAUGGCGUGCUCAUCCAGGGCAAUGACCUCAAGAUUGACGAGAGCUCCCUGACGGGCGAGUCGGACCACGUGCGCAAGUCGGCAGACAAAGACCCCAUGCUGCUGUCAGGCACUCACGUCAUGGAAGGUUCUGGAAGAAUGGUGGUGACAGCCGUUGGUGUUAACUCCCAGACAGGCAUCAUCUUUACCUUGCUUGGGGCUGGUGGAGAGGAGGAGGAGAAGAAGGAUAAGAAAGGCAAGCAGCAGGAUGGGGCGAUGGAGAGUAGCCAGACCAAAGCUAAGAAGCAGGAUGGGGCGGUUGCCAUGGAAAUGCAGCCCCUGAAGAGCGCAGAAGGGGGGGAGAUGGAGGAGCGGGAAAAGAAGAAAGCCAACGUGCCCAAGAAGGAGAAGUCGGUCCUUCAGGGAAAGCUCACCAAACUGGCUGUGCAGAUCGGGAAAGCAGGGCUGGUGAUGUCCGCCAUCACCGUCAUCAUCCUGGUCCUGUACUUCGUGAUCGAGACCUUCGUGGUGGAUGGCCGGGCGUGGCUGGCAGAGUGCACACCCGUCUACGUGCAGUACUUCGUCAAGUUCUUCAUUAUCGGUGUCACUGUGCUGGUUGUGGCUGUCCCAGAGGGCCUGCCUCUUGCUGUCACCAUCUCCUUAGCUUACUCUGUCAAGAAAAUGAUGAGGGACAACAACCUGGUCCGCCACCUGGACGCCUGUGAGACCAUGGGCAAUGCCACGGCCAUCUGCUCGGACAAGACGGGCACGCUCACCACCAACCGCAUGACCGUGGUGCAGUCCUACCUCGGGGACACCCACUAUAAAGAGGUUCCGGCCCCCAGCGCCCUGACCCCCAAGAUCCUCGACCUCCUGGUCCACGCCAUCUCCAUCAACAGUGCCUACACCACCAAAAUACUACCUCCAGAGAAGGAAGGCGCCCUCCCGCGCCAAGUGGGCAACAAGACGGAGUGCGCUCUGUUGGGCUUCGUCCUGGACCUGAAGCGGGACUUCCAGCCCGUGCGGGAGCAGAUUCCGGAAGAUAAGCUUUACAAAGUGUACACCUUCAACUCGGUCCGCAAGUCCAUGAGCACAGUCAUACGCACACCCGACGGCGGCUUCCGCCUCUUCAGCAAGGGCGCCUCGGAGAUCCUGCUGAAAAAGUGCACCAACACCUUAAACAGCAAUGGGGAACUGCGCAGCUUUCGCGCUCGGGACCGGGACGACGUGGUGAAGAAGGUCAUCGAGCCGAUGGCCUGCGAUGGGCUCCGCACCAUCUGCAUCGCCUACCGGGACUUCUCCGCUGCCCAGGAGCCCGACUGGGACAACGAGGACGAGGUCGUGGGCGGCCUCACCUGCAUAGCCGUUGUGGGCAUCGAGGACCCCGUGCGGCCCGAGGAGGCUCGGUCCUGCCGUCUGGAAGGCCCCCUCCUGCUUGGCCUCCGCCAGGUCCCUGAAGCUAUCCGCAAAUGCCAGCGUGCUGGCAUUACGGUCCGCAUGGUGACCGGGGACAACAUCAACACGGCCCGUGCCAUUGCGGCCAAGUGCGGCAUCAUCCAGCCCGGGGAGGACUUCCUGUGCCUGGAGGGGAAGGAGUUCAACCGGCGGAUCCGAAACGAGAAAGGCGAGAUAGAACAGGAGCGUCUGGACAAGGUGUGGCCCAAGCUGAGGGUCCUUGCCCGAUCGUCUCCCACCGACAAACACACUCUGGUUAAAGGGAUCAUCGAUAGCAACACCGGCGAGCAGCGGCAGGUGGUGGCCGUGACCGGGGACGGCACCAACGAUGGGCCAGCCCUCAAGAAGGCGGACGUGGGCUUCGCCAUGGGCAUCGCGGGGACUGACGUGGCAAAGGAAGCCUCGGACAUCAUCCUGACAGACGACAACUUCACCAGCAUCGUCAAGGCCGUCAUGUGGGGCCGCAAUGUCUACGACAGCAUCUCCAAGUUCCUGCAGUUCCAGCUGACGGUCAAUGUGGUGGCCGUGAUUGUGGCCUUCACGGGUGCCUGCAUCACUCAGGACUCUCCUCUCAAAGCCGUGCAGAUGUUGUGGGUGAACUUGAUCAUGGACACAUUCGCCUCUCUGGCCCUGGCAACGGAGCCGCCCACUGAGUCGCUGCUGCUGCGGAAGCCGUACGGCCGGGACAAGCCCCUGAUCUCGCGGACCAUGAUGAAGAACAUCCUGGGCCACGCUGUCUACCAGCUCACCAUCAUCUUCACGCUGCUGUUCGUCGGGGAGCUCUUCUUCGACAUUGACAGCGGGAGGAACGCGCCCCUGCACUCGCCGCCCUCCGAGCACUACACCAUCGUCUUCAACACCUUCGUCAUGAUGCAGCUCUUCAACGAGGUCAACGCGCGCAAGAUCCACGGCGAGCGCAACGUCUUCCACGGCAUCUUCGGCAACCCCAUCUUCUGCACCAUCGUGCUGGGCACCUUCGCCAUCCAGAUUGUCAUCGUCCAGUUCGGCGGAAAGCCCUUCAGCUGCUCCCCGCUGUCUACGGAACAGUGGCUCUGGUGCCUGUUUGUUGGUGUUGGGGAGCUGGUCUGGGGACAGGUCAUCGCCACCAUCCCCACCAGCCAGCUCAAGUGCCUGAAGGAAGCGGGACACGGGCCCGGGAAGGACGAGAUGACUGACGAGGAGCUGGCUGAGGGCGAGGAAGAGAUCGACCACGCCGAGCGGGAGCUCCGCAGAGGCCAGAUCCUCUGGUUCCGGGGCCUCAACCGGAUCCAGACGCAGAUGGAGGUAGUGAGUACCUUCAAGAGAAGCGGUUCAUUUCAGGGUGCUGUGCGCCGGCGGUCCUCGGUCCUCAGCCAGCUCCAUGACAUCCGGGUGGUGAAAGCAUUCCGUAGCUCCCUCUACGAAGGCCUGGAGAAACCGGAAUCCAAGACCUCCAUCCAUAAUUUCAUGGCGACGCCCGAGUUCCUGAUCAAUGACUACACACACAACAUCCCACUCAUCGACGACACGGACGUGGACGAGAACGAGGAGCGCCUGCGGGCCCCGCCCCCACCCUCCCCCAACCAGAACAACAACGCCAUCGACAGCGGCGUCUACCUGACUACGCGCGGCACCAAGUCAGCUACCUCGUCAGUGUUUGCUUCCGGACCCGGGAGCCCGCUCCACAGCGCGGAGACGUCCCUCUAAGCAGAGCUGCUCUCGGCACGGCACGCGCACUCCCCGCACACACACGCACCCGGGCGGGCCGGUGGAGGGCGCCGGCCACGAGGAGGGCCCGCCAGGCGGCUGAAGAUGCUCGAAGGCACCUGCCGGAAGCCAAUCCAUUCUAGGCUUCUUACUCAGGAGGACCAGGAGCGGGAGGAGGAGGAAGGAGAGACCAGAGAGCAAGAACCGUUGCGUUCCCCCCUUUUUCUAUGGAAGCUUUUUUAAACGAACACUGUAAUUCCACCAGAUGUUCCCUGUUUGGGCUGUGCAGUGGGGCAGAGGGCUGGUUUCGGUUUAUUGAGAGCUUCGUGGCACCUGCUGCAGAGCAAUUGGAUCAACAGGUACAACAGGCGAGCGCCGCUCUGCAGGAAGGAUGCUCCCGCCCAGAUGGUCCACCGGCCCAGCACCCCCUCCCCAGGACGCGUGCAGUCAGUCUGUGUGUGCAUGUGUGCGUAGCCACGUGUGUGCGCGUAUAGACGUGUACGUGCACGUAGGACCAGAUGCAUAUCUAAAGAAUAAGGAACUACUUAACGGCAUGAUAUUUCCAUUUCUCUUAUCGGGUGUUUUCAUGUUGAAAUUUCAUUAUUUAUCGCGGCAGGGUUUUUUUCAGGGAACUAGACUGCAAGAAUAUCCUUUUGGUUGCUUGGGACCCCCUUCCCCCGCACUGCUCCCCUCCCCCAGUCCGCUCCAUCCUCC